UAUAGCCUAAUAAGUUUUUAGGUGGACAUACACAAUUGAGUGCAAUAUGAGAUGGUCCAAACCAAAACUAAUUCGAUCAAGCUUCUAGUCAAUCACUAAGCCAAUCUUUUACAGUUCGGUACGGCUUGAGGUUUCGCAAUUAAAAUUUGGAAACGAGUAAAGAAAAUGGAGGAAGAUGGAAGAAGGGAAGCAUCAAUUGCGUCAAAUCCCAGUGUCAAAUCAUCUUCAAUUACCCAAGAACGCCUCGCCAAAUUUCGAGAAUUACAACAGAGACGCUUGCGAAUGCAAUCAAAGAUAAAGUACAAAAGGAAGUCUAAAGACAAGAAAGGUAAAUUUCUAAGUGAGGAUGUUGAUACACAAGGAUGUGUAGAUGAGCAUGUAGAUGAGGGGUUGAAAGAUUCAAGUGUUAGAAGCACUUCAAAAGGCGAAUACAGUAACGAAGUAUCAUCAUCAACUUCCCACACCGAUGUACAUCCCGCAUUAAAGAAGAGGAAGUUGCAUUGGGGGCUAGAUGCAAAAGAACGAUGGGAAAGAAAGGCCAACAUGUAGCAUAUGCAGAUUUGCAGAAUCCCUCAGAAGCGAAAGCAGCAUUUCAGUUCUUUGAUGUGGCUGUUUCAUGGCCUUUUCAACGUUAAUUUUCCUGCGGCUUAGUUGGGGAUGCUCCUACAGUUACAUUUGAUAGGCAAAUACUGAGAUAGUUAUGAUGGAUAGAGCACUAAGAAUUACAUCUCUCGUCAUCUGUGAUCACACCUGUAGUUUGGGAUGCAGGGUAAGACCUGAGAGGUUUAGUGGUUUCAUAAUCUGAACAAUAAUUUUCAAGCGUCAAACAUGAUACUACAGCUUAUCAUUCUUUUUCAAAACAAUGUUAAUGAAAUAGGAAACAAAGAAAGUUAUUGUUGCUUCAUAUUUUUCUCAAAUAAAGUAAUGUAACGCACAACAACGCCCUGUCUCGGGGCACCUACAUACAACCAAUCCCACAGCUGGUAAGCUUCAAACAAUGGCGAGAGGGUUAAUACGGAUAUGGUGCCAAAAAUGAAACUUCAGACCUAUUUCAACAUUUGACUGGUUCUUGGAAAAAAAAGCUUCAUGCUUCAUGCUUCAUGCUUCAUGCUUCAUGGUACAGCAGUUGGUGAUAAAAAGCAGGAUGUAAUGUAGAUAAUUUUAUCGCGUCACAAGUUAGCAGAGGAAUCUAUGGCUAUAUCAAUAUAUCAUUAACUGCCUUUAUCCAUAGAAUAACUUCAAUAAUGCUACAAGACUGUCGUAGUAGUAAAUAGUAAUGCAUUACUGCAGCAAAAUAGCAACUGAAACCGUCCCACAUCGAAAUAAGAAACAAGCAUGUGUUGCAAGGGUAUUAUAAAAGAGCAGUCCAAACUAUGGAAAAUUCAUACCUUUCUCGGCCUUUUGGCUAAGAUCAAGUGUAGUAUCUGUUCUUAUCAGUUUAAUAUCUGAUACGUGGGUCAAUGACCCACAACGAUAUUAAAUUUAUUUUUUAAGGGGGAAGUUCCACCACAGUAGCUUGCUACUGGGAUCUUCAAGCGUCGCCCAUGCGUUGCACUAUUGCAUGGGCCUGGCGCACCCCAC